AAUCACAGCACUCGGAGAUGAUGUCAUGUUGAGAGCCGAACAGUGGUGCUGAUGUUGAGAGAAGCCCAGAGCACCACUAAUUGAGGGAGUGAGGAAGCAAGCAGCUCACCACUAACUGGGUUGGGGUUGCUAUAGCAACUUCUGAUUGCAACAGACAUUCCUUGACAGACUACAGCCUCAAGCGCCCUGGACAAAAUGACUCUUGCAGCUUAUAAAGAGAAGAUGAAAGAGCUCCCCCUAGUGUCCCUCUUCUGUUCCUGCUUCCUGGCUGACCCCUUGAAUAAAUCUUCCUAUAAAUAUGAUGCAGACACUGUGGCUCUGAACUGGUGUGUCAUUUCUGACAUGGAAGUCAUUGAACUGAAUAAGUGUACCUCUGGCCAGUCCUUUGAGGUCAUCCUGAAGCCACCCUCCUUCGAUGGGGUGCCUGAGUUCAAUGCCUCUCUGCCCCGGAGGCGAGACCCAUCCUUGGAGGAGAUCCAGAAGAAGUUAGAAGCUGCAGAAGAGCGGCGGAAGUACCAGGAAGCUGAGCUCCUGAAACACUUAGCUGAAAAGCGAGAACAUGAGCGGGAGGUGAUCCAGAAGGCCAUUGAGGAAAAUAACAAUUUCAUCAAGAUGGCGAAGGAGAAACUGACACAGAAAAUGGAAUCCAAUAAGGAGAAUCGGGAAGCCCAUCUUGCUGCCAUGUUGGAACGUCUGCAAGAGAAGGACAAACAUGCUGAAGAGGUUCGGAAAAACAAGGAGCUGAAGGAAGAGGCCUCCAGGUAAAGACCUUGAGGCCAGAAGGAUUUGGACCAGCAGCUCCAGCAGCGACAGUGGCGGCUUUCCCAGAACUGGGGUUUUCUUGGGGGGGAGGGGAGGGUGGUGGCCUAGGGAAGUUUCCUCUGCUUUCUUUGUUUGUACAUGUAAAGAGUUGACCAGUGACGCCAUCCUAUUUGUUUCUGGGGAACAAUGAUGGGGUGGGAGAGGGGAGAGAAAGAGACUUGGAAAAAAGAAGGUCAGAGAGGGACCCAGGGGGCCCUCACAGCUAUUACACCCAGAGAAGCUCAGAAUGCAUCCUCCACACUUUUUUUUCCCAUUUCUUUGCUGGGUAUCGAGCAUUGGACCAACAAGUCUUCAGGGUGGGUGGGUAUGGGCGAAAAGGACGUUGGAACCUGGGGGAAUAGAAAUUAGUGGUGAAGUGGAAAGUACCUGGGUGGAGAGGAGCAUGGAGGUAUAACCCAAGAUCCUCAAACCCUUAAGCUGGCCAGAAGGAGGCAUGCUAGGAAGUGUAUUGUUUCCAUUCUAUAACAGGUGGGAUGACCCACGGUCUGUGUGGGUGCCAAGCCCCACGUACGUGUGUGUGUGUUUUUACAUUCAUCUUUUGAUCUUCAUUACAAAUGGAAUAUUUACUCCAUGUCUCUGGUUCUUUUUUCCUGUCCCCAAAAGACCCCACUGUUAACAUGUUCAAUGGCGCAGAAUGGUUUGCGAUGAUCCUUAUCUUUGUCCUCCAUGGUGCUUUGGCCAUGUGAAGAGGUAGAGGGUGAGGAGAUGAGAGAUAGGACCUUGCCAUUGUCACCAUUCCAUCUUUAGUAAUCAUAAGAGUUUACAUGACUAUUGCAUUAUACUAUGCAUCUAUGAAGUGCUUUCAUACCCAUCACCUUGCUGUCUCCUUAUAACAACUGCAUGAAGUCAGUGGGCCAACUAUUUUCCCCUUUUAUGGAUGAGGAAAAUGGGGUUCAUAGAGGUUAUGACAUGACCAAGGUCACACAGCUUAGAAGGAGCAGAGCUAGAAGUUGAAUCUAGAUCACUGGACUUACCAUGCCUGCUGCCACUCCAUAGAAUUGAAAGAUUAGCACGUAUUUCUGUCCCCCUCCUUGGCGGUGUCUCAUUUAUUGUCUGUGGUUGCCAACGUGUCAUGCCAGAUAGAUCAGGAGGGAGAUAUCAUCUUGCCUUCAGUGGAUGAGCUGGUGUUUUAACAUGAUUCCCAAGGCUCUCUGGAAUCUGGGGCUGAGACCAAGGAGACUCUUAGUAAGAAGAAAUCCCAUCUUUAUUUGGUUUGAGAUGAAUACAUACAUCACAAGGAAGAAGGAAAGGAGCAGUGCCAGGGAACUGGAAGAGAAUGCAGCUCACUGGACCCAGAAUAGGAAACCAGAAGCCAAAGGAGCUUUUUUAGGCUCUUUUCCUAACUUGGCAGAACCAGGGGAUUUCUCUUUUUGGUCAGUGGCUUCUGGCUGAGAAAAAAAAAAAAGCCUUGGGAACUCUAGAAGGGAAGUCCAUCCUUUGACAACAGUAGGAGUCCCAGGCAGGAACUGGGGAGAAGGGCAGGAUGAGUGUGGUGUCAGGGGUGCCCUCCCACAUGGGCAGAUACUGUGUAUUUUUGUAAACAGCUUUGCAAAUAAACCACCUUGGUACUAUGUUCUUUCUCA